CCAUAUUCGUUACUAAAAUAUAAGUUUGGUGAGGCUAACCAUGGCAUGUUUGGACAUGGCUUUUCACAGUUCGUUCCCAAAUUCCCUUCUCAUUCUCUUCCUUCUCUUCCCAAUCUCCACUUCCAUUGACACAAUCACCCCUUCCCAAUCCAUCAAAGACGGCGAAACUCUCGUCUCCGCCGCCGGCAACUAUGAACUCGGCUUCUUCAGCCCCGGCAAGUCGACGGCCCGCUACGUCGGGAUAUGGUACAAGAAGGCUCCACAAGAGAAGCAGUACGUUUGGGUGGCGAACCGGGACGAUCCGCUCACGAAUUCAUCUAGCGUCCUAUCGAUCGGCAAUGAUGGAAAUCUAGCGAUCGUGAUCGCAGGGCGGCCCGUUUUCCAGAUCACAAACACUUCAACGGCUGUGAAUUAUGCAACCGCCAAGCUCCUGGAUUCGGGAAAUCUUGUUCUGCAAGAUAAUCAGAGCCGUUUGUUGUGGCAAAGCUUCGAUUAUCCGACGCAUACGAUGCUCCCAGGCGUGAAGCUUGGGCUGGAUCGGAAGACGGGCAAGAUCCGAGUCAUCACAUCGUGGAAAUCCGACGAUGAUCCGGGCACCGGGGACUAUGUUCUUCGGCUCGAUCCAAAUGGGUCCCCUCAGUUCUUCCUAUGGCAUAAAUCAGAACCGCUCUGGCGAAGUGGGCCAUGGAACGGUCUUGGAUUCAGCGGCGUUCCGUUGAUGAACCAUCAGAGCGUGGUCACUUACCAUUUCACGAUCGACGAUGAUGGGAUCUUCUAUUCGUAUGAUCUGAACAACGAUUCAAUCUUCUCCAGAUUGAUAUUGGACAGCUCAGGUUAUCUUCAACGGUUAGCAUGGCAAGAUGGUACGCCGCGAUGGACGCAAUUCUGGCGGGCCCCAGACGAUCAGUGCGAUGCCUAUGCGAAGUGUGGGACCUACAGUAGCUGUGAUGUGAACCGUGUGCUGAUGUGUGAGUGCUUGCAAGGGUUCAAGCCCAAGCUGCCACAAGCAUGGAAUCUGCGUGAUUGGUCAGGUGGGUGUAAUCGACGGCGGGGAUUGGCUUGUGGGGAGGGAGAUGGGUUUAAGAAAAUGGAGAAUAUCAAGCUACCCGAUACAAGACCCGCUCGGAUUGUUCAGGUAUCGAGUUUGAAGGAGUGUAGAGAUUUGUGCUUGAAGAACUGCUCUUGCACUGCUUAUGCAAGUGCUGAUAUAAAGAAUUGGGAAGGCAAGUGUUUGAUAUGGGGUGGGGAUUUGACUGAUCUGAAGCUGUAUUCCGACGGUGGGAUGGAUUUAUUCGUGCGUUUGGCGGGUUCGGAGCUCGGUUCAAACUCGAAGAAAAAGUUGGUGCUCAUACUCAUAUUGACGGUCAUUCCGGGGACGCUUUUCCUCGUUACAUGUGCCUAUUGCUUCUGGAAGAGGAAGAUUGAGAGAAAAGGAAAUGCAGGUGUAUCAAUGAGGGAGAGAAGGCAUGAUUACUUCUCAAAUGAGAGUGAGUUGCUGGAUGAGAGUGGGAAGAGCUCAGAGAUGCCAUUGUUUGAUCUUUUUGAAGUUGUGAAUGCUACUGACCACUUCUCCGAUUCAAAUAAGCUCGGUGAGGGCGGCUUUGGCCCUGUUUACAAGGGGAAGCUGAGGAAUGGUCAACAAAUAGCAGUGAAAAGGCUGUCGAGAAAUUCAGGACAAGGAAUAGAAGAAUUCAAAAAUGAGGUGGCACUUAUACAACAGCUGCAACACAGAAAUCUGGUUAGAAUACUUGGCUGUUGCAUUCAAGGAGAAGAAAAGAUGCUGAUUUAUGAGUACAUGCAAAACAAAAGCCUUGACUCUUUCAUCUUUGAUAAGACAAAAAGGGCACUGUUGGAUUGGAGAAAGCGAUUUGAUAUUAUCAUUGGGAUUGCUCGAGGGGUUCUUUAUCUUCAUCACGAUUCUAGGUUGAGAAUUAUUCACAGAGAUUUGAAAGCCAGCAACAUUCUUCUAGACGAUGAAAUGAUCCCCAAGAUAUCAGAUUUUGGUAUGGCGAGAAUUUUCGGCGGAAAUCAGACCCAAGCCAACACAAAUAGAGUGGUUGGCACAUAUGGCUACAUGUCGCCGGAGUAUGCGAUCGAUGGACUCUUCUCAGUGAAAUCAGAUGUGUUUAGCUUUGGGGUCUUAUUAUUAGAGAUUAUCAGUGGAAAAAGAAACAACAAUUACUAUAAUCAUGACUCCAAUUUAAUUGGACAUGCAUGGGAGCUAUGGAACGAAGGUAUGAAUUUGGAGCUAGUGGAUUCGAUGAUCAUUGAUUCAUGUCCCACCGACGAAGUCAAGAGAUGCAUCCAUGUGGGCCUUUUGUGUGUGCAAGAAAAUGCAACAAACAGGCCCACCAUGUUAUCAGUUGUAUCCAUGCUGGGUAAUGAAACUGCCAUGCCUACACCCCGGAAGCCUGCCUAUUCUAGUAAGAAGAAUAUCUUUGAUCCAGAUUCAUCCACGAGUUGGGCUGCAUCACGAUCCACCAAUGACAUUACAGUUACUGAGCUAGAAGCUCGAUAGGCAUGAAAGCUCACAUGAGGAGUUUGCAUAUCAAUCGAUGAUGUAGACUUGUUUAUAGAGGUUCAGCCUCUUGAAUUUCCACGUCUAUGCCGUUCAUUAGGUGGGAGCCACGCCGAAUUUAGUGCAACCUGAAUGUGAAGGCACGUGUGCCACACAUACUCGAGAAAUGUACGCCAUUGGCCAUACGUUUUUACCCGUCCUUCCUUUUGUACAUGUAUAGCUCAGCUGAAGAUGGGACCGAGUCUGCUUUAUAUUCUUUUAGCUCUGGGGAAGAUUUAUCUGUGGGGCCUACUUGAUGAACGGUGCUGAUCUCAUAAACGCUUGCCAUGGUGGCACAUGUGGUGCAAUUGUGUUUAUCAUUUACAGAUGGGCAUUUGCAGAUGGCAUUCCUAUCAUGAAGAUUACACGGGAAGGCCGAAAUUUUGAUUUUGUAAUAAGAUGAUUUUUAGUUAUGAAAAUACCAUAUGUUCUCUUGAAAAUUGUCCCCUUUGGUACACUCAAAGGUAUGACAUAUCUAAUAUUUAAUGUUAUAAUUGUGAUAUAAACGCUGUCAUUAAUAAUUUAUGUGUAGAAAUAAAAAUGUUUGAAACAUUAAUUUUAUUGAAAAAUGUGAAGAUUGUAGGGCUAUUUUGUUA